UAACCACAAAAGUUGUUUAGAUUGGGAACUUUUUAUUAGAACUGCAAUAUUUUGCAACGAAUGCUAUAUAUUAGCUCAAUUUUAAUACUGUAGUGUAGAUAUUUCUGGUUCUAAAAUCAUUUAGUACUGUAAAUAACGAUUCUUUGAACCUACAAAUACAUAAAUUUAACACAGAGCACUGAUUAUUAUUCUCGAAGUUUUGAAGUGUUUUUAGAUAUUAGAGAAGUUAUUUUUUAUGGAUGUUUUAUCCUAUGUAACUAGUUGGUUUUGGAACACAUAAAGUUAAUCUUUGCUGCUCAGCCAGAUUGAAUUUACAAGUGACCAUACUCAAACUGCUACGGUCAGCAAAAUGCAUCUUUCCAAAACAUUGGACUAUUUAAUAUUGUUUGUGUAAGGUGCAAAUGAUGUCUGCAGUCAGUGGUGAGCCCCUACUGCGUCGUGUCAAACAGGAGGCUGAACCGCCACCGCAGUACUCGCCUCCGGAACAGCAGCCCAGACCGAUGCCAAUGAUGCAGCCGUGUGACUUAGACAUAGAGCCGAAAGAGGAGAUAAAGUUCUGCGUGUCCCCCGGCGAAGGGAGCAUUGUGGGGAAUGCCAGCCCAGAGCAACAGCACUGUUCCUCCACCACAGCCGCUGCUGCGAGUGGGGCUAGAGACGAUGACGCACCACGAAGAGUUUGUCUUGUGUGUGGUGACGUGGCUUCGGGCUUCCACUAUGGAGUGGCUAGUUGUGAAGCGUGCAAGGCUUUCUUCAAACGGACCAUACAGGGCAACAUAGAGUACACGUGUCCCGCGUCCAACGAGUGCGAGAUCAACAAGCGGCGCCGCAAAGCGUGCCAAGCGUGCCGGUUCCGCAAGUGCCUGCGCACGGGCAUGCUGCGCGAGGGCGUGCGGCUGGACCGCGUGCGUGGGGGCCGGCAGAAGUACCGCCGGGCGCCCGAUCAGCCCGCGCCCGCGCACCCGCGCCCGCAGCUCGACGACAUCAAGGUGUUAGAAGCGCUAUCAUCCUACGAGCCAGAACUGUUAACAUGUGCAGCGCCUCCCGCGGGUGUGACGGACCCCACGGCAAGGACACUGACCCUAUUGGCAGAUCUAUAUGAUCGGGAAUUAGUGGGCGUUAUAGGAUGGGCCAAACAGAUACCCGGCUUCACUGAGUUGACGUUGAAUGAUCAGAUGCGGCUACUCCAAAGCACAUGGGCGGAGAUGCUAAGCCUGAUGCUGGCGUACCGCUCGCUGGCGGGCGGCGCGCCGCUGCGCCUGCGCUUCGCUGCCGACCUCGCCAUAGACGAGGCGCAGGCGAGAGAGCUGGGUGCACAUGACCUGUACCUGCAGAUAGCGGGCGUGUCGCGGCGGCUGGAGCGCGCGGCGGCGCUGCGCGAGGAGUGCUACCUGCUGAAGGCGCUGGCGCUGGCCAACAGCGAGGCGCGCAUCGACGAGCACGCGGCGCUGCGCCGCUUCCGCGACACCAUCCUCCAAGCGCUCAACGACGCCGUCAGCGCGCUCAGGCCGUGCAACGCGAACGGCGCUCUCCAGCAACUCCUACUAGUACUACCAGCGCUGCGGCUGGCGGACGUGGCUGUACGCCGCUUCUGGGCCGCCGUGCACCGGGACCGACGCGCGCCCAUGAACAAGCUGUUCGUGGAGAUGCUGGAGGCGUGUCUGCGGUAGAGCUGCUAGUGAUGUGUGCAGUGUGCUGUGUGGACCGGGUGGAGAUAGGACUAGUGAGAUGUGGACCGAAGGGGAUAGUGAGACGUGGACCGAAGGGGAUAGUGAGACGUGGACCGAAGGGAAUAGUGAGAUGUGGACCGAAGGGGAUAAUGAGACGUGGACUGGACGGGGAUAGGGCGAAAGAGACUUAGUGUGACGUGAUCUGGACUGGACGGAGAUAAAACUAGUGAAAUGUGUGGAACGGGAACAGGGCUAGAGACUUGACGUCAACCGAAAGGGACAGUUAGAUACGUUAUCUGUGGACCAGACGAAAUCAGAGUUACCUGGGGAGUACAACCCGCUGCGGGGAUCAGCUCUAGCGAGCAAGAUGUGGAUUAAUAUCCAGUGCGAUUAUCGGCGCUAGAGAUAUAAAAUCACUGAUUGAUUGAUUCAGGCACUAAGUCUGGUAAUAAAUACACUUUUAACAAUCAUAUUGUGUCAGCGGAAACAAGAUGUUGGACUAAUUGGAUUGUGUUAUAAAGGUUGUGUACAAGAUUUAAGACUUGCAUUUCUACAGCUUGAAAAAAAGUGUGUGAACUAUAAAAAAAAUAUUAGUUUGAGUCUGGGGACGUGUAAUCAAGAAGGUCUCGGUCUGUCUGUCUCGGUCCGCGGCUGAUGGUGUAUAAAAUUUUAGACUUUGAAAGUGUAUACAUAGGUUGGGAGACGGUAAAUAAUGUUAAGUAUUGUUUACGGUUUUGAGUAGUGUAUAAGAUAAUUAACAAUGGCUGAAAAUGUAAAUCAAUAAACUAACUGAAGAUAAUAAAACAACUAAUUCGUGAAGUAGUGACACCUUUAAAUUAUGUAGUUCAUUUUUGUAUAUUUAGUAUCUGUAAACUACAGGAUAUGGAUAAAAAAAAAACGCUAGACUAUUUCUUUGUUUACAUUUUCUGCCAAUGUUAAGACACAGAAUAAAUGUGUGCGUCAGGUCACUGAUUUAUAACUUUUAACCUUUUUUUUUCAAUAAUUUAAUACUGAUGAUUUUUGAAUCUACAAAAUAUAUUGAAUGUUUUGACUUUUCCUUGAAAUAAAACGUAAAAGUUAUAAAGAAGGAUCUAGAAGCUUCUUUCUGUAUACAUUUGUGUUGUGGAAUGCGGAGACGCGAUAUAGUUAAUGAAAUAUCAUUGCAUUUAUCACAUUGGUUUUGUUAAACUUUAAAAACAGUAUCUUUUUUAUUAUUAUAGUCCAUCUCUUGUGUAUUUUUAUCAAUAAUAUAAACACUUUUAAUCAUGCAAUUAGUAUAUUAAUUCAAACAUCACAUUUUAUUUUUACGAUUUAUGAAUAAAUGGUUGUAGUUAUAUUAUGUAUAAAAAAAUUGUUUAUGUUACGUUUGACGAUUAGAGUUUCAACGAAAAACAAUGGAUUAUGUUCGGUGUGGACGUGAAUUUAUGUUACAGACUUGAGUCUGAUAAAAUGGCUGUGAAGAAACGAUCAAAAUUGAAAAAAAAAAAAAAAAAAACUUUUUAGGUUAUAUUUGGCGGGAAAAUAGAUAUCGCGUCCCCGCGCCGUUAAUGUACAAAAUGGACGGAUUUAGUACAAAACUUGUUACUAUUUUUGUAUAAUAUUAAAAAUAUACGUAGUUUUACUUGCGGUGAGGAUAUGAGAUUAAAUGAGGUCGGAGAAAGAAUCCAAUAUGGCUAGUUUUUAAUUUUUGUUAUCGCUUGCUGAAUAUUGUUUCGUUAGUUUGUAAUUGUCGCGCUUUUUUUCGUUACAAAACAACAAUCUAGUUAACAUUAUAUUGUAAGCAUUUAUUUUUAAUUUUCUUUGCAUUCUCUCUUCGACCGUGAAGUCAGGAAGAAUACAAGUUGUUUUCGGCGCUAUUUCUAUCAAUUUUAAACCGGCAUUGAAAUCACAUAGUGGUUUUCAUUUCCCUAUCUAUAUUUCUGAUAGAUCUCCUGAUAUUUACAUAACGAUUGAUAGAUUUAUUUAAAGAUGAACUAUUUUUACAACUGUUCCACGUGUAUGAUAUAUAAUAUGUCAUUGUAUUCAGAUACUAUAUUUUUAAUGGAUUAUAAAUAAAAAAUAUCUAUUAUUCCUACUAAUAUAUGUACAUAUAAAUGUUAUGUAUUUAAAAUAGAUAUAUGGGCAGUGGAACAGUAUUAUAAACAAUAAAAUACCUCAGUAAUCUGUUACCAUACACAAGUGUCAUUAAAAAUGUAAAAAAAUACCGCGAACAGUCAAUAUAGGAUCUGAGUGUCGCUUUAUUUUGUAGUUUAAGUAUUUUUAUGGAACAGUUUUGAUGAUGACAUUUGGUUACGAUGAUAAAGUUAUAUACAAAUCAUUGUUUAUAAAGAGGUUGUAAAAUUAUGAUUUUACUUGAAAAAAUAAAACCGCUCCAGCAUUUGUUAAAUGAUGGAAUCAAAAAGUACAAAAACAAUCACUGUAUUUUAGAAUUACAGUACAUAAAUUAAGGACGAAGCCAUUUGACAGAUUUUUGAGCGGUAAAAAAAAUAUAACCGUAAAAACGUAGUUGGUACGGUGGGUUUAUUUCCAGUGAAUGUUAUAUAAAGCGUCCUUUAGUUAUUCUUAUGUUAAGAAUAUUUGAUAUAUUUAUAGAUAGUAUGUAAGUAAGUUCUCGCUGGUGCGAUACAGGCGGGUGUGAUACUUGUACAAAGUGUGCGAUGUGCCAGAUUAGCUUUUAAGUUUUAUCUUUUUCUUUUCAAUUUAAUCUGUGGUCGUUCGGAAUUUGAUGGCGUUUUUUCAUAAAACGAAACAACGAAGUGCAUUGUGUAUAUUGAAUAUUCAUUCCAAGGAUUACAGAUUAAAUAUUUAUUAGUAGGUGGACUUUGUGUCUUAUUUUUGUAAUGAAUGAAGUAUGUUUGUUUACACAAUGUAACUUAAAGGUGUUGUGGAGCUCACGGGCGGCGGUGGUCACUUAUUAGUUCUUUGACCCGCUUCCCGUGUACCUCCUAAAAUGUUAUCAGGUGAUAUGGGCCUGGAGGAAUGUGAAAUAAAUUAUAAAAUUAUUA